GUGGGUAUUUCAUAUCGCAUGAACCAUAGUCUUAUUAAUCUUCUCAGAUCAGGAUAAUAUGCUUCGGCUUUCAAAUGGCACUGGACCACAUGAAGGUCGUGUUGAGUUCUUCUACAAUGGAAUGUGGAAUGGUUUGUGUGGAAAGAAAACGGAUGCCUCUGCAGGAAACGUUCUUUGCCGCAGUCUUGGAUAUGACCGUGCAUUCGCUGUUCUACAACACGGUGGAUUCGGCGAUGAUACAGAGGCCUUCUUUGAUGGAAUCAGCUGUCCAGCAUCUCAAAGUUCAUACCAGAAGUGCCGUCUCUUUAAGUACCGCAGUAAUUAUUGUUCCAAGGAUUUCGGCCAUUUAUCAAUUAGCUGUGACAUUCAUGAAAAUAUCGAUGUCCGUCUUACCGGAGGUAGUGGGGAUCACGAAGGUCGUGUAGAGGUGUUCUUCGACCAAGCUUGGGGCAAGAUCUGCGCUAAUGACCUCUGGACAUUGGAUAUCGCUGACGUCGUGUGUAGAGACAAAGGCCAUGAUCGAGCUUUCAUUAUCUACUACGACGAUACAUAUGGCCAAGGUGACCUCAUAUCGGUGCAAUUUGAUGAGGUGGACUGCACCGGCGCAGAAACCAAUCUGACGUCAUGCACAGCUUAUAGAUACCAGAAAAGUUUUUGUGAAGAUGGCGCUUUCGAAGCAGCAAGUGUUACAUGCACUUCAAGUGAGCUAUUCAUUACAUUUUACUACUCAUUCAUUAGUUAUGAUUGUGAUUAA